CUCUAGUGGUAAGACCGUGCUGUUGAUUGAUAUUGUUACAACGAUUUUUCUUCGCUGUUAAAAUUAUUUAAUAAUCUCGAUUAAAAAGCGUGCGAGGCACGCGUGUGUGUGUCUAUAGCACAGCACCCAUCCUGCGUAUAAAAUCCGCCGCAGCCACCGCCAUGCCCAACAGUCGCCGCCACAACAGCCGGGAGAACAACAACAUGCGAGCCCGUUAACGUCCGAGAGAAGCAAGAAGCCAGAUCAUGAGUCGUCAGGAGGCAGCUGGAGCCCGUCCAGCUGUGGCCACCGUCGCAUCUGUCGCAGCACCAACAUCAUCCUCGUCCUCAUCGUCGCAUUCGUCAUCCAACUCGGCGAACGCCGUUCUGACCAGCAAGAUAUCCACCUCCACGCCACAGAAGGGCGACGAGCAGAAGGAGCAGGAGUUCAUCAACCGGAGUGUCGCCAGCGAGAUCGAUGCCAGCGAUGCUAUGGCCAUGUCCAUCUCGGGAUCCGUAUCGGCGGACAGCAGCAGCUGCACCACUGGCGCCGCCAUGAGCGGCAGUCCGGUGGCGAAGCGGCACCUGAGCACGGCCAAUAUAUCGAGGAUUCGCCCCCAGUCGAGCUACUCGGCUCGAGUGCUUAUUUUCGACGACUCCGACCAGGAGGCGGCUGCCGCAGCAGCUGCUUUGGCCGCCGCCUCGUCCUGCAACAGCAGCGUCAAGUCCUGCAGCGGUCUGGAGCUGCUGCCCACGUCGCCGGCCAAGCUGUCCAUCGGCAACGACAGCGCCAACGGCUCCUCGAUGAUGCGAAACCUGAAUCUGACGAAGAGCUCCUCCGGCGGCCUGUCCGGAAGUUCUAGUUCGCUGCACUCUCGUGGCUACACAGCUCUGCUCCGAAAGAUCUCCUACCAGCAGCACACCAACUCGCUGCGUGGAGUUAGCAGCGAGGCCUCCAACCUGCUGCGCAUGCGGCACUCCUCGCUGGGAAAGUCGGCUCCCUGCCUCACCGGCAACUAUUUCCGCCACGAACUGGCCGCGCCACCGUCUAUUCAGGCUCCCGGCCAGGGGGCUUGCCCCUCGCCCGGCCACAACAUAUCGCGGUCGGGCAGCUGUGCUGGAAUCGGUCUGGCCAAGCACCAUCAUCACCACCAUCUGCACGGCGUUGUGAUGCGAGGAUCGGCCGGAGGAGGUGCCGGCUCUGGUGGCGGCUCCACCUCGAGCGGCGUGGCUCACCAUCGCCUCAGUCUGGUGACGAAUGCGGCUGCUUUCGCGGCGGCCGGCGGAUCUCGAGCUCACUCGCCCUACUCGGCCAGUCCCGUGGACAGUCCGCGGCUGAAUUCCCCAAUGCCAUUUGCAUUUGCUCCGAUAAAACGGAUCGCCUCCUGCCGCGGCGUUGUAGACGGGCGCCGCUGGUCAGUGGCCUCACUACCCUCCUCCGGAUACGGCACCACUCCGGGAAGCUCCAAUUUAUCCUCUCAGUGCUCCAGCCAGGAGGGCCUCAACCAGUUGUCGCACAACAUUCCGCCCGGAGUCCAGGAGGCGGAUGCCGCCGCCGUGGCCGCGGGUGCCUGCUGUGCCGAGCACCUCAAGCAGCAUUGUCCCAAGCACUGUGCUCUGCUGCUCGCGGUGGUCCAGCAGAAGCAGCCGGCUCCUCAGAUGCAGCAGCAGCCACCGAAGCCGUCGCAGCUGCAGCCCCAAAAGCUGGUGCCGACUUCCUGUGUCAAUUGCUGCGCUGAGCUGAGCCUGGCCUGCGGUGGUCAGCAGAUGGGAGGCGGCACCCCUGCCCCUGGCUCCACUUCGAAUGCAGGCGCCGGUCGGAUGUCGCCCUACUUUCGUCCACGCUCCCGAUCGCUGUCCAGUCCAUCGCGAUCGCCCAUCGUGGACAACGAAAUCGCGGUGAUGAACACGCUGUACAAGGAGCGCUUUCCGAAAGCCACCCAGCAAAUGGAGGAGCGCCUGAAGCACUUCAUCAACGAGAACAAGAGUGCUGCCUGCAACAGCUUCCGGGACUCGCAGCCCAUCGUGCGCUUUGUUCACCACCAAGUACUGGAGAUGGCUAGGGACUGCCUGCACAAGUCGGAAGCCAAGCUGAUUACCUCGCAAUACUUCUACGAGCUGAGCGAGAAUCUGGAACGUCUGCUGGUGGAGACCAAGGAGAAGUCCCCGGAGGCCGCGGCUGAACUAAACGGCGUCAUCAAGAAGCUGCUGCUGAUCAUCUCGCGGCCGGCCCGACUGCUGGAGUGUCUGGAAUUCGAUCCCCAGGAGUUCUACGAACUGCUAGAGGCUGCUGAAGGUCAUGCCAAGGCCAUGCCGGUGAUCAAGGCAGACAUUCCGCAGUACAUCAUUCACAAGCUGGGCUUGAAUCGAGAUCCCAUCGCCGAACUGCAGCAGGAGUUGCGGGAGACCCAGCAGAUGUGCUCGGAGCAGGUCACCGUGGAUGCGGAUCCGUUGCAGCCGGGCGGGAGCUUGCUUCUCAACUCGCCCCUGACCAGUGCAGCCAAGCAGUUGAGCAAUCUGGCCUUGGAUUCCAUUGCCCUGGACUCGGGCAGCGGUCAGGCGACUCCGCAACAGCCUCCCCAAACGCCAGUGGCCACUAGUGACACGGCCCCUUCGUUUGCUCUAGCUGUCAGCCAGUUAAGCGAGGAGAAGCCUCAAGUGGGCGGUGGCUCAACCGGAUCCACUGUAACCCCUGGUCCAGUGGCAGUAGCUGGUGGCUUGGCCGGUUCGGGAGCCGGAGCCGGCCAACAACCCCUUCCCCACGAAAACGACUUUGACAUCGUCAAGCUGAUCUCAAACGGUGCCUACGGAGCCGUCUACCUGGUGAAGCACAAGACCACCCGUCAGCGCUUCGCCAUGAAGAAAAUCAACAAGAACAAUCUCAUCCUGCGCAACCAGGUGGAGCAAGUGUUCGCCGAGCGGGACAUUCUUUCGUUCGCCGACAACCCGUUCGUGGUCAGCAUGUACUGCUCCUUCGAGACCAAGAAGCACUUGUGCCUGGUGAUGGAGUACGUCGAGGGCGGGGACUGCGGCACGCUUCUGAAGAACAUCGGCCCGCUGCCGGCCGACAUGGCGCGCUUCUAUUUCGCCGAAACAGUAUUAGCCGUGGAGUAUCUGCACAGCUACGGCAUCGUGCACCGGGACUUGAAGCCGGACAACCUGCUGAUCACGGCCCUGGGCCACAUCAAGCUCACAGACUUUGGCCUGUCCAAGAUGGGUCUGAUGUCCCUGGCCACCAACUUGUACGAGGGCUACAUCGACUCGGAGACCCGACAGUUUUCCGACAAACAGGUGUAUGGCACUCCCGAGUACAUAGCCCCCGAGGUAAUCCUGCGACAGGGCUAUGGCAAGCCGGUCGACUGGUGGUCCAUGGGCAUCAUCCUCUACGAGUUCCUCAUCGGCUGCGUGCCGUUCUUUGGGGAGACGACGGAGGAGCUGUUCGCGCACACCGUCAACGACGACAUCGAGUGGCCGGACAGCGAGGACUGGCCAGUGCAGGCGGAAGCCAAGGACAUCAUCACUCAGUUGCUGCAGCAGAAUCCGCGCGACCGAUUGGGCACCCAAACGGGCGCACUGGAGAUGAAGGAGCACGAGUACUUCCACGGCAUGGACUGGAACUCGUUGCUGCGCCAGAAGGCGGAAUUUGUUCCCCAGUUGUCCCACGAGGACGACACCAGCUACUUUGAUACUCGCAUGGAUCGCUACAACCAUGAUCUUGGGGGUGAGGACACGGACGACACGGAUGACACACCCGUUUUCGGAAGCUUCAACUCGUACACGCCGCAGUAUAGGAAACAGCAUUACAGCUGGUCGCGGCAUGCCACGCUCUCGGCUACCGAUGGAGCCAAGCCCCUGGGGCCUCCCACUCUGACGUCGCUGCCAUCGCGUGCCCAGGAGACUCCCAUGCCAACAGCAGGCGCCGCGGCGACUGGAGCCCUGCCCAAGCUGAAAACUGGAAUGGGAAGCGGCAGUGGCAGUGGUUCGGGAUCCGGUUCGGGUUCGGGUGGAGCUUCAGCCGAGGGAGUGGUCAACAAGUUCUUGAAUACCCCGCAGCUGCGUAAACUGGAUUUGUCCUCCAGCUGCUUGAAGGUGCCGUCCACUCCGGACGCCGACUACCUGCCCGAGCUGCUCCACAACGUCACCAUUGGCAACGAUGCGGAGCUGCGCAUGCUGAAGCACUACCUCCAGCAACCGACUCCGUCGGCCACUCAGCGCCUGCAACAACGGCACAGCAUGCCGCCGAAUACCACCACGAUCAUCAGCACGCCAGCCACUCCGCCGCCCGCUCAGACCCAGGCGACAACGACCCAGGCCACUCCGCCCACUGCUACGGUUGGCAGCUUCUCGCGCAGCACGCCCGAGAGCUCGCAGACGGACAGCGACGACUUCUCGCCGCAAAUCAACCGCAAGCGCAAGGGAGUCUGCGCCCGGGACAUCCUGCCGCGCUUCUCCAUCUCCAUAGAGGAUGAGACCAUCUCGGCCGGAAGCUCCUCCACGGAGAACAUGAACUUGCCCCGCGAGCAGUCGCCGCUGGCUCUCCAGCACCAGCCCAAGUCCAUGGACGGCAGCAGCAGUGGCAGCAGCCUGAAGCACCACCGCUCCAGGUCGAUCGUCAAGUCGGCCUCUGCUCUGGGACUCUCCCUGAUGACGUCGCUGGACAACAGCCAGUUGGCCGCACAACUGUGCGGAAUCCAGUCUCCGGGCGGUGGCGGCAACGGCUCGAGCACGGCAAGCUCCAGGGACACCUCUCCGUGCCGGGAACUCUCUCCCUUGGUGACCAAUCUCAAGCCACCGAUCAUCAUCCGCCGGGGACCGCGUGGGUUCGGGUUCACUGUCCACACCAUAAGGGUGUAUUAUGGAGACACCGAUUUCUAUACAAUGCACCACCUGGUGAUGGCCGUGGACGAGGGCAGUCCGGCCUUCGAAGCGGGACUGAGGCCAGCAGAUCUCAUCACCCACGUCAACGGAGAAGCUGUGCAGGGGCUGUUCCACACGCAGGUGCUACAGCUGCUACUGAGUGGUGGAGAACAUGUCACCCUGCGGGCCACUCCGCUGGAGCACACCAGCAUUCAGAGCGGUGGCCGCAAGCGCGAUCUCAUGCAGAGCAAGCUGGCCAAGAAGGGCCUGAACCGCCAGAAGAAGCAGACGAAGCGGGAGCACGACAAGAAGCGGAAGACCUCACUCUUCCGUCGGAUCAGUAGCAAGCGCGCCAAUGCGGAGAUGCAGCAGUACUCCGCCGGCACAAGUUCACCCACCACGCCAUCGGCCCGAAACCUUUCGCCGCUGGACUCCUCAUACCACAGCAGCUGCUGCCAGUCGGCUGCCAACUCCUCCUCCCAAUCCACCUCGCCCUCCUCCUCUUCGCCCAACACACCCACCGGCUCCAGUGCCUCCAACAACGGGGGCAACGGCGCCUCGGCACCGGUUCCGCCAUCGGCCCUCAGUGUGCAGUUGCCCCUGGCUCCGUCAACGGCGCAGGUGGUACUCUUGCCCCACGUGGGAGCUGCCGUCGGAAGCAGUCCCACUUCUGUAGGAAACGUACCAGUGUCUCCCACUGGGGUCGUUCCGCAACUCUAUCAGCGUCCAUCCACUCUACAUGGUCUCAAGCACAAGCUGCACGCAGCUACCGCAGUGAUAGCCGGUGGCGGAAAUGCCAACAAUCCCGCCGGAGGACUGAAGACUCUGCACACCACGAGCAACAACUCGCUGCCAAAUCGUCGUAAGUCCGUGGGCCAUAUUCCGCUGUCCCCGUUGGCGCGAACGCCCUCACCGUCGCCCUUGCCCUCGUCGCCCACGAGGUCGCCAUCGCCGUUGGCCUUUCCGCUAGUGGGCCACCAGCCGGGAGCCUCCAACACCACUCAGUCCUAUAGUCCGGGAAGCACGCUGCCCACUCUGCAGGCGACGGUGAACCCGAACAACAAAAAGGGAGGAUUCGCCAGGACCAAGUCAGCGGAGCCCAGUUCCCCUCUGCUGCGACGUGCAUUGUCUCCGGAUCGACUGCAUCCACGGAGUGCCGAGACGAAGAUUUCCCCCCUCUGCUGCUCUCCGCCGAUUAAGCAGCCGACUCACCAACGAGUGGUCACCACAACCUGGCGCCCAACUCCGGGAGGCAAUGGAGCAGGUGCUGGAGCACCCCCAGUGGUUACUGGAACAAGUGCUGCUGUCGGAGCCCAACCUCCCCAGAUGGCGUCGGCCGCCCCUGAAGAAUCUCUAAGACAACCAGGGGCGGCUGCAGUUCCCCCUCCUUCCGCCGGAGCUGAGCAAAGUAGCGUUGCUGUGGUGACCUUGGCCAACUGCGAGCCCCUGCCGCGCAUUGCGGAGGAGAAGGACUCGCCCACCAGCACCCAGGACAGCAGCAGUGUGUCCGAGGGGUUCAUGCCCGCCAUCGAGGAGUACGCAGAGGGGGAGUCCUCGUCCUCGCCCACCCAGACCCUCGAGAAACCGGUGAAGGUCAAGGCCAGUGAGCAACCGGAAAUGGAGCCGGCUGGCAAGGCCAAGAAGGUCGAGCUGGGUAAAACCACAGCUGGAACCGCACCCAAGGCCAAGCUCCAGAGCAGUGGCUGUAAAACUUCGAUGACAACGACAAAGCCGGCCAGUCCCAGCGUGACCAUAACCACUGGACCACGCAAGGACCCUACGGCUACCACAGCGCAGCCCGCAGCUGCUGCCAUGGGGAGCUCUGGGGCCAAACAGAGAAAGUAGCGCCAGGGAGCCCGGGGUGGCUACGGAUGUUUGUGUUUCAAGUUUCGCGUUUGAAUGAUGAACCUAUUGGAUGGACAGUGUGGGUGUGGAAGCGGAUGUG